UGGGGUUGGAUUGGGAGGACCCCGAGAGUUUGGGCUGUGUGUCUCUUCGUUGCUGUUGAGACUUUCCUGGAGUUGACGGUGGGGCUGGGCAUCAGGGAGGCGGGUCCCUUUCAGGCGGGGAGGCGGUGACUGUCCCGGACUGGACGCUGCCGGUGCUGCAGUACGAGAGCUUGCCGCUGACCAUGUACACCAUCACCCGGGGACCCAGCAGGCUGGCGACACAGCGGAGGACGGGUCCAUCCCAGCAGAUCGAAGCCAAGUCCGGCUGUGACCUCAAGCUGAAACCGGUGGGGAGCUGUCCAGCUCCAAAGCUGGUGUUUAACCGAGUGAAUGGGAAGCGCUGUCCAACUCCAGGAACUAUAGACACUCAGGAAGAGGAGCACACACCGGCUCAUGAAGAGAAUGUCCGGUUUGUUUAUGAAGCAUGGCAGCAGGUAGAAGAGGAGCUCGGAGCCAGCCAGGAGAAUGGUCAGUGUGCGCACGGGCCAGUGCACUACGUGGAGAAAACACCAAGCCAAAACCUGAAGAGUAGGUGCCGGGACUUUGUCCCAAUCGAUCUGGAAGAAUGGUGGGCAAAACAGUUCUUGGCUAAUAUCCAGAACUCUUCCUAAAUGGCCUCCUCUUACAAGAAAGACUGUUAGCAGCCAGUUAACAUUUGGACUUCUUCAGAUCUCUCCUUUGUGAUUCACGGAUAGUGAAGACAUUUUUUUGUAAAAUCUGGAUCAGUUGGAACUCUCAGCAAGUGACUGUUGACUUCUGGCCUCUCAGCUUCAACUGGGUGAAAUUCACUCACCAUUAAGCAAUAAAGCAGCAAGUCUAUGAG